AAGAAAGGUUGCAGUAGACCAUUGCCAGGAUGUGACACACAACGUAGUGUGUGCGACCAAGCAGAUUGCAGUUCGUAUGCACGUCCAAUUACAAACGCAGGGCCUGGAGUUCCGAGUAGGGAAUUCUGUUUCGCCUUUUAUUUGUUUAUUUUGAUAAUAUGGACAACGUGGUGGCUGUCGGGACGUGCAUUGUUGUUUGAGUGACGUUUCAUUUGAAGGAUUAAGAUGGCGUUUGAUGAAUACAUGACAAAAUUUAAGGUUGGAAAAAGAAAAGUGAUACGUUUAAAGUGGAAAUGUGACUUGUGAUUGGAACUAGUUCAUAUGUGGAAAUCUCGUCACAAAACCGUGUUCAGUGCAGUGAAGUGAUAGUGUAAUACUUGUAACAAACUUCACGGAUGAAUCAGCAGAUGUGGAAUAAGUUGAGACGUGAUAAAUUCAGUUACACGUAACUUUCAGGAUGGAGGACAGUGUGACCAGUGUAACUGUUAAUAUUGUUAAGUUUAAAAACGCAGACAGACAUGACAUUUACCAGAAUUAUGCGCACAAGAAAUUGUGGCUUUCAUGUAAAAAGAUUUUGUGGUUGAAUGACUACAAACUUAUUAAAGUAUUUCCAAAGAAUGACCAACAAUGGAAGUAGUUGAACGCCGACAUUAUUCUAAUUCUGCGAUUUCUCCCACUUUACGUCGCUCAAGAUCAAUUCGAUCUUCGCUGAGGCUUGUUGGAUCUCGAUGGUAUAAAGCGACUGUAAAUGCUGCCAGCAACAAUGUUCCAUGUCCUCCUACCAAACAAGAGGCAAGUCAGUCGUCGAAUGUCAAGUCUCGACAACCUCCAUCCCUUCCACCGAUUCAGCAACUACAGAAACAAAGAAGUUCACGAAUAUCUUGGUUACCAAUUUUCUCCUAUCAACAAAAUAAACUUGCAAAAUCAUCUACUGCUGGUGCAGAGAAAGAACAUAAGUUACGAUCAAAAGCAUCUUGGAUAUUUUGGUUGAGAGCUCAGCAGAAUAAACAGCGUGAGAAUAAAUCAGCUUUUAAUCAGUCUUCAGAAAAUAAGGAAAGAGUACAAGACUUCUUACCAAAAGCCGCGAGGAUUUUAGGGCUGAAAGUAGACCAGGUGCAUCAGACAAAAUCUACUUCAUUGCCGGUUCUAGCAGAACAACAUAAAGACAUUAAGAUAUCUUCACCACUGCCGAGUUCAAAGGCGUUCAGCAGUCCACAGAGAACGUACAUGAGACAGAAAUCCAAUUCUUUAUCACGAUGCCCGCCUUCACCAGUCGAACAGUUUCUGCAGCAACAUUACGAAUUUCUGCCCAUAGUCUCAAGUGUGGAAACCAAGCGGAGAAACUCGAUGUGGAAUCUGAGCUCUUCUAAAUCCAAGUUGCAGGAGGGAGGGAUGGAGUUUCUGGUUGAUGGGCUGAAUCUGACAAAAACAGCAAAGAAGAAAUUAGAUAAACUAAAUAAAAUCAAUAUCCACUCACAUGCACUGUUUGUGGCUGUUGAACAUGGUCAUGUGGACAGAGCACGCACUAUUCUCGAGUCCACAGAUGUUGAUGUCAACAGUGUAAACAGUGACGGACUGUCACCACUGGAUGUGGCGGUUCUAAACAAUAAUCGACAACUUGCCAAGAUGCUGGUGACAUUUGGUGCUCAGGAGGGAAAUCAAUUCGAGAGUCCCGAGUCGUUGGGCAGUCACUUAAAGCAGUUAUUAGCAGAAGCAGAGCAGCAAGUGAAGCGACUUGGCGGAGGUGUCGGCAGCGGUGAACAACUGACCUUGGACGAAACACCAGGUUACAACAACAACAACAAUAAUAACCACCAUCACCAUAACAUCAUCAACAACCAUUCCUCCUCAUCUCCAUUUAGCGUGAUUGGGAGCAGCAUGGCAACAGCAGCCAUGUCCGGCUGCGGCGGAGGAACUGAUGCGGCCACGGACAAGCAGCUGUUAUUGUGGGAGAGGAGAGUAAAGGGCCUGAAGAAGAUGCUGCUCGGCUUUGAUCAAGCUCGACCCCCUGAUGCACCAUUCUUAGUGGCUGUGGAUGUGACAGGUACACAUUCUGUUACGGUUCGAUUCCAGGAACCUGAUCAGCAGGAUUCACCCAUCUGUACAAAGUUUAAAGUGCAGUGGAGCUGUAAUGAGAAUUUCAGUCCACUGGCAGGUGAGAGAGAGAUCCUUGAUAUGAAGCGUCUUGAAUGUAACAUCAGUGACCUUGCACAGGGCUGUAGGUACUACUUUAGGGUUGCAUGUGGCAACCUUAAGGGGUAUGGAAACUUCAGGCUUUCUAGUCCUGCUUCUGUGAUUCCCUCAAGUUGGAGAGAUGUGACUGGCCGUGAACCAAGGUUUGCUGGACGACUCCAUCUAUUGGAUGACUUGUUUUCCAAAAUCUGUCACUCCAGGCCAGAAUGUGCAGCAGAGAUCAAAGUCACAACCACAACUGCUCAACCUGGUGAGACACCCAGUGUCCAGCGUCGCAACCAGCGCAGCAAAAAGACAGCUAUAAAGCAACUGUUCACUGUUGCUUCCAAGUUUCAGAAAAAUCUACGAAGAGGGGUUUUUCUGGCCUGCCUAUUGUACCAUGAAGAUAAAGUUCUUGUAACGAACGAGGAUUUCCUGCCAGUAAUUGAAGUAGAUGAAACGUACCCUAGUUGCAUCUAUCAUGAUUUUCAUUGGCUUAUGAAGGUUGCAUGUACGUGGGAUGAUGUGAAGUCUCUCAGACAGGACAUGGAACGUAGCCUCAGUUCAUCAGCCGUCCACUUUCGUAUCAAACUUCUGCAGGCAGCAGCUCAUAUGCAGGCAGCACUGUGUGUCCAAGAUCUGGGUCAACUGUAUUACAAACCAAUGAGAGACUGUCAAGGGACACUCGUCAUCUCCAUAGUUAAUUAUGUACGUUCUCCAAAGACUGUAUCAGUCCUUAAUUCAAGAUGGCUGCCACUUAGCAAAGUGCAGAAGAAACUUGCAACUCAUGAAGAACCAAAUGUAGGGGAGUUACUAAUGGCUUCCAUUCAGGAGCAGAUAACAUACCAUCAAGUUAGCAGCAUCAGGCUAAGUCGUGGUCUGUACCUAGGAUACCUCAAGAUGCGUAGUUCAGUUGAUCUGAUCCAAGUUUUGGUUUCAACCAAGGCACCCAAUGUCUUACCACACUGCAGAAUUCGGGAUAAUCCCCAUGUAUCAUCUGAGGAAUGGGAAUGGCUGAAAAAACAAACUGCCUGUCACAAAUCUCUCGGCUGCUCAUCUAGUGAGACCCUGAGUUCAGCUUCAGGUGACGAGCAAACUGGUAGUGAAGAUGGACAGCAGGUUGAAACAUCUGGUGGUGGGACAGAACAACAACAGGUGUUUGUAGAACUCGUGGCUGCUACAGCUCGACGGCUCUUCUCCUACAUGGAAGUUAGCCUCCAGGAGGCACUGACCCACAGGUUGUAUGAUGCAGAAGUUGUUGAUCUGAGCCCCGAAGUGUCGUUUCUCAUUGUGGUGCCACGUGCUGAAUCAGCAUGUGCUGUCCCAGGACAGACAGAGGCCUUGUUGCAGCGAGGAGAUCUCAUAGCCUUGCCUGUUCAGGUGUUUGAGAUGGUGCACCUAGGCACUUACCAACGUGAUGUCAUCUCACGCUACUCUCGACUGUCCUGCAUACUGGAAUUGGACACUGUACUCGCACAUCAUAGCCACAGGGAGGCUUUCUCAUCAUCUGAAGUAUUAGCAGCAAAAGACCGUCUCGCUCAGCUCCAAGACUUCCAGUCACAGCUGAAUACUGCUUGGAAAGGUGUUCGUUGGCUCAUGGACGUUCUAACAUUUGCAAGAGAUCGUGGAAGUGGUGGUGGGAGUUCAAGCAGUUGUUCUUCAACUGGUGUGACCAUGAGGAACCUAUUAGCUCUCAACUGGGGCUCAUCAGUGGAGCAGGGAAAUGAUACAGAGUCAAACUGUAAUGGGAAGGGUGGGGGAAGUUGUGGAGGUGGGAGUUUGAAACGAAGCUUGCUUCAGUUACCUCCAAGGGAUCCAAAACUAGUGAAAUCAAGUGCAAGUCGAGGGAGCUGGCCAGGUCCAGGUGUCAGUCCUGGUAGUGUUGCAAGUUUCCUGACUGCAGAACUGAGUAAGAGUGAACAGCACCUCAGUACAGGAAGGAAUAUCAGCCACAGCCAUAGUGGAGAUGUCAGCACUAGCAACGCUGCAUCCACCAUGUCAGAUACAGGGAGUAAUAGCAGUUUCCCAAUGGCAGGUGUCGCUCCUCGGUUACCGCCAUCCCGAAGUGAAGACACACUUUUGCUACAGAAGCAACCUCCACCAUCAAUACGGACUCACACGCGGACACGCUCGUCUACUAUAACAAGUGGUGGUGGAAGCAUAACCAGUGGAGCUAGUGUGUCAGCAUCAACAUCACCACUGCUUUCAACACGGGGAGCAUCUGGUGGCAGUAUGCACUCCUUAUCAUCAUCUGAUGAAACUACAAGCUCUGCAUCUACAUCAACUGUGAAACUUCCAACUGGGAAUAAGCAGGGUGAUGAUCAGGAAGAUGUUACCAAUGUGGCUGCUGUUGUUCCUGCACCUGCACCAGGGAUACUGCAGGUAUAUGCAGCAUAUGAGACAGGCUUGGCAAGUGGAACGAGUCUGAAGCUCCAUGUGACACCAUGGACAACAGCCCGUGAGGUAGUUGACCUGGUGGUGAAACAGCUCAACAUGGCAGUGGUGCUUAAGGGUAAGGAUGGACCUAUCUAUCCUAGUGACAAGCUCAAGAACUUCUGUCUGGUAGCUGUUAUAGGUGCUAGAGAACGCUGUCUCAGAGAUGACUUCAAACCACUCCAGUUGCAAAAUCCGUGGAAGAAGGGAAGACUUUAUGUAAGACAGAAACAGGAUGUGUUAGCUGCACUAGAACAAAGUUCUCAUCAAACUGCUUAUCUCUAGCCAAAAUGGACUCAGGCAAAUAGUGAUUGAUUGAUUGGUGCUGAUCUGUGCUAUUUAGUCGUGGUACUUUAAGUUGAGUUACAGACAUUCGUAACUGAAUUCCUGGCCAAGAAAGUUAUCGUAACAUCUAAACAGGUCGUUGCAAUCAGUGAUGGAAGUGGAAACCAUCAAUAAUAACAAAAUAGUUGGCUGGUUUGCCACUGUCAAAUAAUGGCAAUGCAGAUGUUGAUAAAUCUGAUGAAGUUUGAAAAUGUGUUUGUGGUUGAAUGAAAAGUACACAGAUUGACAAGCACUAUUGCAGGUGUGAAAAAUGCAUUUCCUAACUAUUAUUACAAACACAGCUUCGACAGAUUUAGAAGUUUGGUUCUGUGAAUUUCAAAUGACAGUAAGUUCAGUGAUGAAGCCAAAUAAUAUAACAUCUCAAAAGGCCUUUGGGUAACAUUCCACAAGUUAACAGAGUUAGAAAAUAACAAAAGUAUCCAUUUGAAUGGGACAGAAGGAUUCAAUGAUAUGCAUUUUUAUAGGUUUAUAAAUAUUUUUAAAAAGUACAAUGGAAUUUCUUUUAUCAUUCUCAUAAAACAUUAUUUAUUCUUUAGUUUCUGUUUUUGUAGGUUGGAAAGAUUCCUGUCAUAGUAUUCAGUUCAAGGACAGAAGAUUGUGUGAAGGUAAUUUGCAGGAGGAAGACAUAAUUUAGUGGAUUUUACUCAGUCUGAUGAUAAUAUUCAUUCAAAAACCUUUCCAUCACUGAAUCUGUGACUUCUGAGAUACUUUCCUGCAGAUACAGUGAUACUGUUUUGACAGAAACUGGAUACCAAAUAUUGCUGGGUGUCAGUCAAAAUUUGGCUAAUAGUAUGCCAUAUAAAGACAUAAUAACUUGGAAGUAUUAUAAGGAAGAUGUUGUGUUCUCAACCCUAGAUCACGUAACACACAAUCUUACCUAAAUAAUAGACUGGAAUGAAUGAGAUGAUAAUAUGGUUUUAUGUUGAUCAAGUGAAUAAUAAUAAACCAAGAACCUAAUGGAGUUAGCCAAGAUACAUUAUGUGAUAAAAUACAAUGUCAGGAAAUACAGCCCAUACAAAAACAUUGUUUUGGCAUGGCCAUUAAGACAGUAGUUUUCAGUUCAACAUUUUAAAUCCUUUUACCUCAAAUAUAAAGCAUUUAUAUGGUGUACUUAUCCAUUUUAACUGAAACAGGUCAAGAGUGAAGUGUUGUGAUACAAGUGUAAUGACCUUUUAUUGUUAUUAUUAAUAUUCAGAUUUUGAAUCCAACAAAAUUGGAAUGAAAGUGCAGAUGUAGAUUUCAGACUUGACAGUAUUAAAUCCUGUAAGAUUUAAUUCACGAUGUAAAUGCACUUUGACAAAAAUGGUUAUGCCCUUUAACAUAAUGGCUACAGUUUACAAAUGUUAUAAUUCUGGCAGGCCUUCUGAAUUGUGAAACACCACACCAAACAUUGAGUGCUUUCUUUCGUUGUAUUGUGUUCCUCACCUUCUACCAGUGUUAUUGUUCAUAUCGUCAUUGGGGUUAGGCACCCACAGUAUUGGAAAUAACAUGAAAGUUCAACAAAUGAAUGGAUCUGGAAGUUCUUCAGUAAACAGAUAAAUCAAACUCUGAAAAAAAAAAUUACAUUAUUGAAUAUUUUUGAAUUUGUAUGUUUAGGAGCUUGUCUUUUAACCAGUUUCUGCUUCAUUCCUGAAGUGGAAUACCUGCGUCAGUAUAGUAACUAAGGUAGAGGCUGGACAACAGGAGUUCAGUUCCUCGCAUGACAGGAUUUACUCAUCAGCAAAAUAUCCAGACUGGCUCUAGAGCCCACUCACCCUCCAAUACAGUGGGUACUGGUGUUCUUCUUUGGGAGAUAAAGUGGCCAGAUAGUGAAGCUAAGCACUCGCAUCCAUUUAGUGUUCAGUUUAAUAUAUGGAACUAUGCAUCCACAUACUUAUACCUCUGCAUGGCAGACAAUUUUAACUAACUUUCAUUCAUGGAUCUCUCUCUCUCUCUCUCUCUCUCUCUCUCCCUCUCCCUCUCCCCCUCCCCCCUCCCCCCUUCUCUCUCUCCCUCCCUCUCCCUUUUUGUGGAAGUGGGGGGUAGUAACCUUCGCUGUGAUUAUAGACACUAUCACAGUUUGUAGGAUAAACAAUGGAUGGUAACAGUUAUCAGGAACAGCAGCAACAGAUAAUUUACAAGACUUUUGAAGACACUGGUACAGCUGACAGGCUUACAACUGCACAGCUUUCAAAAUAAACAGUACAGAAUAAUAAUGACACUUUACUAUGACUAGUUCAACUUUUGGAAAUAGUAUAUCGAUAUACCAAUGAAUGUUAACUGCGUGAGAUGUCUGAAAUUAAUGCAAAAGUUCGUGAAAGUAAUGUAGUCACAUCAAGUGUCUUCUGAUACACAAGCCUUUUUUACUGGAGUCAAAAAAGUUUCAGAGUUUGAGAAGAAAAUCUUUUGCGAGCAUCCCAUUGUAAAUUUCGAAAUAGACAACUGUCCUGAUUUUAUGCACAAAUGAGACUGCAAAAAAAUCCAAAUUGAGUUGUAAGUAGCCAAAUAAUUUAGUUUGAAAAAAAUAUUAAUGAAAGAUGCUUAUUAGCUCAAGUGAAAUUAAAAUUUCUGUCAUCAAACUAACUGAUAACAUUAUGGGUGAGUUCGUUAUCACUCCUGCUUCAUACUCAGAAGGUUGCAGGUUCAGAUUGCAGACUAAAGACUGGUUUAUGCUAAGUGAGAUUUUUGUAAUUCUCUUCAGUUCCUCCAGACAAAUGCUGGGAUAGUGCUUUAGGGUAGGUCAUGAUCUGUUCCUUCCACAUACUUUCCAAUUCAUUACUCACUUAUCACCCUACAGUUAAUGCUGUUGAAAAAGUAUUGUUGAAUAAACAAAGAAUCAGUUGACCAUGCUUUCAUUCCUGUGAAAUAGCUCGUGCUCAGGCUUGUGUACAUAAAGGUUCAGCUCUAGUCACCUCGACUAUGGCAGCUAUCAUGUCAAAGAUUAAAUAAACCCUUGUGAAUUGGCAUUAUUUUUAAAAGAUCAUGAUUCCUUCAGAAGUCGGUAUAGGAAAGAUCAGUUUAGAUUUUCAGCAUGAGUUUUACAAACAAAAUAGAAGACAAAUACAAGUCAAACUUUUGGCAGUGUAACAUGGAAACAUUUUCUGCCACAACUCUUACAUAGUAGACACCAAGAACAUAGCAGAAUAACCAAUGUAAACAAGAUUAUUUCUAAGAAUUAUUCAGAUCCUUUUAUUUUAAUUGUAAAAUGUCAGUAGAAAUGAAGAAUGACAAUUAUGCAAAUUCUAUUUAUUAUACUUCAAACAGAAUAUCCCUUAGCUGUGUACAGUUCAAAGCCCAUUUAAAUUUUUAAAAUCUUACAGAGUUCCACAUGAAUUAGCAUCCUUAGAUUAAGUAUUUCCCAUAUCUCUGUAAAGAAAUCUGUUAUCUUAGAAAUAUGCCUAUAGAUGAAUCAGUCGUAUUGUAUCUGCGAUUUUAACACCAAAAUGGAAAUAUCUACUCUCAAUUAAGAAUGAAAAUGUUGUUGUUCUUAAAUUUAUACUUCACUUCUUGGCCCCUUAGUUUAGGCUCUGUAGGAACACAGAGCCCCUCUCCCACACGUAAUUAAAUAGCAUUGUCUCUCUUGCCAUUAUUUUGGAUUGUGACAUAGGUGAUUGUAUUGUAAGUGUUCAUAAGUCUUUCAUAAUUUUGUUUGUGCAGAUGUGAUUCUGCAAUUUUGAUAGCUGAUUUAUACAUUAUGGUGCAGUUACUUGGCUUUCUUCACUAAUUGGAUUCAGACAUCAUAUACAUGUGCAUUAACACCAUUCAUUAGAAUCCAUAUCAAAAAGAAAAUCAUUAUUCCCUGUGUUAUUUCAUAGUACUUGUUAUAAACAUUUUCUUUCAGAAUUCUUUUGAGCAAAAUUUGUUUUGUUUAUUCUGUAAUAGUAGAAUUGUAUUAGAAAAUUAUUUAUUGUAAUGGUGUCAGUAUUUGCUGUGUAUUGAUAUUAUAGCAAAGAUAAUUUUUAAUGGUGUCCUAAUUAUUAAAUGUGUAAAAUUAUCUUUGUCAUACCAAAAGAUGCCUAGUAAUACUAACCAAAUCUUUCAUUUUAUAAAUGCAUUUACCUAUUGCUUUACUUGCAUCAAAAUGUUGUCCUGGAUGAGGACAUUUUAUUUGGGCUAAGGGUGAAUGAUACUAAUGAUAUAAUGACACAUAAAACAUCGUAACAUACUAUAUAGAAAUAUGGAUAAACUUACUGAAGAAAAUUUGUUGAAUAUAAAUGGACUGAAUAUCUUAAAAUCUAAUUUAGAAACAGCCAUUUUUAAGGUAGGAGAUAAAUAUAAUUAUAACUUCAGGCUAUAAAAUUAACUGAAUACAGAAUUUCAGAACUGAUAGUGUUUGAUAUUCCAAGUCAGAGCAAACAUUCCUCACCCAAUGGAAAGUACAAAGAAAGACUGAUCAGUUCAUGUAAUUGGAGUGUUUUCAAUACAGAUUUCAUGUUCAUCUUUCAGAUAUAAUAAAGGUGUUUAAUUUGCUAGUAUAUGAAAAGAGUCCAGGAAGGACAACUAAAAUCAUAUUUCAUUUAACCUGAUCUCUAGACUGCAACAUGUCAGUAGGGGAAUUCUAACAAGAGCCAAUAUGAUGAAUUUUGUUACAUGCAGUUCCUGUAUUAGUGUGAUACAUAUAUAUUUUACCUUUGCAUCAUUUUUCAGUUCCUCUGCAUAUUUUGAAUGUACUGUAACUGCCAAAAGAAGAAGUGUAAGAAAGAGAUUCCAAGGAUUUUAUAAGAUGUAUCUAAGUACUGAUGUUGUACAGGUAUGGAUUUUUAUUUUGUGUAUUUAUUUAACAAGUUUAUAUACUGAAUAAUGCUUCUAACUGAGAAAGAGUAAUGCAUUUUGUAACAAAUUAAAAAUUAAGAUAAUUUAAAAAUAACAAAUAGAAAUUAUUAUUAUAAAAAUGAUCAAGGAAAAAUGAUGACUUCAUAUUUUACAUUAAAACAUUUGGUGUUAAUAAUACUGAUUUAAUUUCAGAAUGAAAGAUGUAAUUGAGAGCAGCAUUAGACACUAUAAAAUGCAUGGAGUGGGGGUUAUGAAAAGUAUUACACAAAAGAAACCAAGUAAUUCACAUUCUAUCAUAAGAUAAUUAGGAAUUUCAUAUAAAAGAGUACAUCACAAUUUUUUUACAGUGGACCUGAAUUCUAAUUGUAUUUACAUAUAUAUUUGAACACUUCAUUUUCACUUCUCUUUGGGUCUCAGUUUAUAACGAUGAAAUUUCACAGAAUUGCACUGUCGAACAAGGAAACAAUAUUUGUUCACGCAGCUUAGUUUGUAUUCCCAUAGUUUUAGUGUUGUAUCAAAAGAAAUAUUUUAUCAUUUGCUGUAAAAUGUAAUUGUAAUGAUAUUCAGCAUAUGAGCAAUGCAGUAUAUAGUGAUAUAAUCAUCAAAAAGUCCCUGUCAGUCUCUUUUGUACCACUUACCGAGUAUGCAUGAAACUGAUGAUAUAGCAUUGUAAGAACCCCAUACUUACAUAAGAGAAUCUAAGUUACUGAUACCCUCAAACAUGGCUGCUUAAUGACAGACUGAUGGUACCUGAAUCAGUAUAGCUUACCAGAAAUAAUCAUAGUCUUGAAUUGUAACAUAAUUUAAAAUUGAAAACACUUGCUGUGAAAUAUAAAUGAAAUACUUUUGAAACAAUAAAAUAUGUUUUACACAUAGUCUUCUAUGAUGUUUGAAGUUAUUUGUUCUACAAAUACUGAAUCAUGAUCACAUAACAGUUUGAGACUGAAACAUAAAUAUUACUGAUGACAUCUAAUAAACUCAAAUUUUCCAUGGCUAAUGAUAUUCUGUUUUAUAUUGUGUCAUAUUUGUUGACAUUUAUAGUACAGAAAUACAAUUCUCAUAAUAAAUUCUACAUAAUUUAAAAUUUCAAAAUCAUUGUAUGUUGCUUGAUAUACAGAUAAAUGAUACAUAAAGUCUGAUUUUUCUUUGAUCAUUAUUGACUGAGAUGUUGAUAACAUGAGCUUUCUUUACAUCAUGGUGAAUAAAGUGUGAUGUUCAGACCCUGCUCUGAUGUUAUUUAAGCUCUUUGGUUUCUUCAUUUAUGCUUCUUUAAAGCAUAACUUCUAUUUGACAUAGAAUCAUCUUUUCAAAUUGGCAUCCAAGUAAUCAUAAUUUAGUUUUUUUACAGUAUUUUAAUGCUACAGUCAGUUGGGGCAUGCAUAUUUAGAACAAUAAUAUCACACCAAAGACCUCUUAGUUUUUCAUAUGAUAUUCUAUCGAUAACAAAGUCUAACCUCUUAACUGCUCACAUAUAAGACCUGUAUGUCCAUAUCAGAAAACUUUCCCCUGAGUAAUUAUUAACAUUCAUAUUUCUGUAAGUAAAAGUAAAGGUGUCCCACUAUAUGUCAGGUAGGUGCUUGGGGGAGAGGUUCUACAGCUCCUACUCAUGCAACUUAACAUAUAUGUGUUUAUGUAUAUGAGUAAGCCAUUCUGAAAAUGAUUCUGCAAACAGAAUUAGGAGUGACACCAUAAAUGAAGAAACCUAAGGAAAAACAUCAGUCACACUCCUGUAACCUGAUAUGACAAAACCACUGCAUGUAGUGAAUCUAAUGUGUCCCCCACAAACAUUAGAAGCAUGUUCAAGCACAACUGGAUAUUAUAUAAAACUGUCCAUUUACAUCAAUGAAGUUAUUAUAUCAAUUUACAAAUCAAAAUUUAAAGAUAAACUGAAAGAGAAACAUAAUUAUUAUAUACGUGUUAAAAGAAUAAACAUAUUAAUGUGGCAUUUUAUAUGUAAUAAAAUAUAGUAAAUGAAAAUGACAUUAAAAUGUGUGUAUUCUAUAAAAUUCACCACACAUAUUUUAUUAUUUACUUAAGUUAAGCAUAAAUGAGAACUAUUUGUGUAUAUGGUCUGUUACUGUUGAGAAAUUACAAGUUGCUCUAAUAACCCUUUUAUGUACAGUUUGUUAGAGGCAAUAAAAUGAAUGUUGCAUAAUUUUAAAAGAA